UUUGGGUCUCGGAUUUCCGGUCCUAUAGGGAACUCAGCGUCUCCCACUCCUGCUAUGGACAUCCGCGGGCAGAGGCACUGGAUGAGGACUCUUGGAGCUGCCUCUUGAGCUUCCCAUGUCCUCCUGGAACGGCGUGAACCCCGGUUCCCCUGCAGGGAGCAGCCCCUGCAGGGAGCAGCUGGGCUUGGGCGGCGCUGGGCAGUGAGGACGGGAUCCUGGAUGCCUUAGGGCGGCCCGGGGGGCCAGGCAGCUGCUCUGUGGGUCCGGGGCGGGCGGAGGGCUCUGUUUGGAGCAGUCACCCUGGAGACAAGCCGCGGAGCCCAGGGGCAGUGGAGGGAGGCUGCAGGCAGAAGGAGGCCGGAGGAGGGAGCCUCGCCAAGUGGAGGAGCUGCGGUCUGGGAAGCGCUGGGCAGGAGUUUUCUUCCAUAGGUUCUGAUGAUGGCAGACACCGCUAAAGACGGAAGGGCUCAUUCACUGAAGAAAGAGGGGAAUGUGUCUUCUCUAAGCAGCCACGAGUUCCAGCGGAAGGAACAUCAUGGGCGCCUCAAAGACUGCGUGAGUUCUGUGUCGUACGUGGAUGAACCUAGCCAGCAUGACGCUGCCUCUCACCUCACCGUUCAGAUGGAAAACACCUAUCAGCUGGGUCCUACCGAACAUUUUCCUGUGGCUAUUGUCAAUCAAAUUCUGAAAGAUGUGUUAACUAACUACCUACAAGAACAACAAUAUGACCCAGAGCUCUGUAGACAGAUGGCUAAGACAAUUUCUGAGGUUAUUAAAGCCCAGGUCAAGGACUUGGAGAUCCCACGGUACAAGCUGAUUGUGGUUGUUCACAUUGGCCCUCGGCGUGGCCAGAGCAUCCUGAUUGGGAGUAGAUGCCUCUGGAAUCCUGAAAGUGAUACCUUUGCCUCUCAUGUUUUCAGGAACUCUUCACUCUUUGCUCUUGCGAAUGUCUAUGCUGUUUACUUUGAGUGACUGAAAAUAAGAAA